CAUGGGAAUGUCCAAUUUGUAAGAGCACGUCAGCAAACGGUAAACCACCUCGCAACUUGGCUUUAAAGAACUUAUGUGAGGUCUUCUUACUGGAGACAGAUUCAGAGACUCAGACUCUUCUGUCUGGACCAUCAGCAGCCGGUGUGUCUUAUCUGCAGAGAUUCAAAAACACACAACAACCACAGAUUCAAACCCAUCGAUGAAGUUGCAAAGGAUUACAAAGAGGAGCUCAAGAAAUCUCGGAAACCCUUGAUAGAGAAACUGAAGCUCUUUCAACAAGUGAAAGGAAAUUGGGAUCAAACAGCAGAACACAUAAAGGUCCAGACCCGACGCACAGAGAGGCAGAUUAAGGAUCAGUUUAAGAAGUUUCACAAGUUUCUACAAGAGGAAGAGCAUGCCAGGCUUUUUGAUCUGUGGUCCGAAGAGAAGCUGAAGAGUCAUGUGAUGAAGAAGAGGAUUGAGUUUCUGAGCAGAGAGAUAGCAGCUCUUUCAAACACAGCUAGAGCCACAAAGGGCAAGCUGAGAGCUGAAGACGUCUCGUUCCUGCAGAACUACAAGGCUGCAGUGAAAAGAGUCCAGCAGCGCCCCCUGCUGGAGGAUCCACAACUGCUCUCAGGAGCUCUGAUAGACGAGGCCAAACACCUGGGCAACCUGACCUUCAACAUCUGGAACAAGAUGAAGGACAUGGUCUCCUACAGUCCUGUGAUUCUGGAUCCAAACACUGCUGCUUCAGGACUCAUCCUGUCUGAAGAUCUGACCAGUGUGAGACGUGGAGAGAGACAGAAGCUUCCUGAUAAUCCAGAGAGGUUUGAUACCCAUCACCCUGUCCUGGGCUCUGAGGGGUUUAACUCAGGAACUCACAGCUGGGAUGUUGAAGUUGGAGACAGUAAAUGCUGGUUUCUGGGUGUGGCGACAGAGUCUGUCAAGAGGAAGUGGAGAGUUCGGUCUGACAUAUGGAGCAUAGGAUUCUCAAAUGGUAAAUAUAAAGCCUUCUCUCCAUCCACCCAAACAAUCAUUGUCGGAGUGAAGAAGAACCAAGAGAGGAUCAGAGUAAAACUGGACUGGGAAGGAGGACAACUGUCGUUCUAUGAUCCUGACACCAACAAACACAUACAAAACUUCAAACACACAUUCACUGAGAGGAUAUUUCCAUACUUCAGCAAUAGUGAUGGAUUCCCAAUUAAGAUUUUACCAGAGGAGGAGGAUGAUGACGAGAUCGACGACGACGACGAUGAUGAUGAUGUUGAUGAUGAUGAUGAUGAUGAUCAUGAUGAUGAUGAUUAUGAUGAUAAUAAUGAUGAAAACAACAGAUUCUGUGAUUACAGCUAUCUAAAUCCUCAAAGGAAGAUCUAUCGUUGUUUUUAAAAGUGAUUUUAUUGUAGUUGACCAUCAAUGAAGUGUCAAUCAGGAGAACCCAGCUAGAAAAACCAAAGGAAAAAUGAUGUGAGACAAACAUGGGACAAUUGUACAGAUAAGAAUCAUUUUUUAUUUUACUUAGUCUGUUAGAUGUCUGAUUUUUCAUGAUGUCGUGAUUUAGGAAACUUAAGUUGACGCUGCUCUUCUGU